AUGCUGUGCGUCGUGCUUGUCAGCGCUUCAGACUGCUGUCCGGUGUUUUUCCGUCUUUCAUCUGCGUUACCGCCGGGCCCCAGACGACUGUUCUUCCUGGGAAAUGUGCUGCAGAUACCGAUGGAGUACCAAUAUCGAAGAUUUGGCGAAUGGGGAGAGAAAUACGGAGACAUCAUCCACAUCAGGCUAUUCCGCACACCAGCCAUCGUGCUAAACUCUGUCAAGGCGGCACAAGAUCUGAUGGCUAAGAAGAGUCCCAAGUACUCGGACAGACCUCCACUUGUUUUCAUGAAGCAAAUACUAGGCUGGGAUCCAGCCACCCCGUUCAUGUGUUAUGGCGAUAGAUGGCGCAAGCACCGAAAGUGGAUCCAAACUGCUUACGGGGAACGCACAUCACUCGUCGGGCAUAGGACGCUCCUAAAGCGGGAAUGCAUGGUUCUAGUGCAGAAUCUGAUGGUGUCGCCCGAGAUGUUUCUGAUACAUCUCAGGAGAUUCCCUGCGUCUUUGGUCAUGACGUCGCUCUACGGGCAACCGAUACAGUCUACGGAGGACGAACACUUCCGGAUGGCAGAGUCCGCACUUCACGCCACUGUCAAGGCAGGAGAAUCUGCCGGCUCGUUGAUCGAUUUCUUUCCUUUCCUACAGUAUGUCCCGGACUGGUUGCCUGGCGCUGCGUCCCUUAGAGAGGCUCGACAGGUUCGACAAUCAAUACGUCGUUUGUUCGAUGAUCCGUACCAUAUGAUCAAACGGCAAUUAGACAACAACGAAGAAGUCCGUGAUUGUCUCAUCGCAGCUCUGUAUCGCGAGUCUGCGAGGAACGGCUCACUAGCGGACGAUGAAGACGACAUCAAGGGCGUUGGUGCGUCUGUAUACUCCGGUAAUGUGCUUGUGUUUAUCGCGGUUUCCCCACUGUUCACAUACUCCUCGAAAGCGGGAGUUGAUACGGUGAAUACACACCCGGGGUUUCCUUCCGUCCUGACAUAUUUUCAGACUUCCAUUGUCCUGUCUACGUUCAUGCUGGCCAUGGUACUGCACCCCCGAGUGUAUGUCAAGGCUCGCGAUGAGAUUGAACGCAUUGUCGGCAUGAGCAACCUGCCUACGCUCGAGCAUAAAGACUCGUUGCCGUAUAUCAACUGUAUCAUCCAAGAACUAUAUCGGUAUGUGGCAGUGUUCAGGCAGUCCAUCGUAUAUUAUACUCUUCAGGAUAUCAGCUGGAAUCCGCCAUUGCCUCUAGGACUGCCUCAUCACCUGCAGUCGGUCGAUGAGUACAGAAACUUCCACAUUCCUAGAGGUUCAAUGAUUUUCGCAAACAUCUGGUACGUGUGCAGCAAAUGUCCCGCUCGGCCGAAUUAUAUCGCGAUGCAGAGUCGUUUCGUCCUGAGCGAUCCUGAGCGAUUUGAGGACGCAAAUGUCGACGUAUUGUCUGAUCCUCGUAACUACGUGUUCGGCUUUGGGAGACGGAUUUGCCCAGGAAGGCACUUCGCGGAAGACGCGAUUUGGUUAGCCAUCACGCACAUUGUUUCAAUCUUCGAUAUUGAGAAGGCAUACAAUGCGGACGGUGGCGAGAUCACACCUGCUGUUCACUUCCGUCCGGGCCUCACUAGGUGA